GGAACAGCACUUGCACUCUCGACCAUGGAUUUCUCUCAAUUCAAUGCUGCCGAGCAGGCACAAAUGACGAAGGUUAUUGAGAAGAAGCAGAUGCAAGAUUUUCUUCGAAUGUACUCUGGUCUCGUGGAACGGUGCUUCAACUCGUGCUGCAACGACUUUACCAGUAAGGCACUAUCCUCAAAGGAGGAACAAUGUGUUAUGAACUGUGCGGACAAAUUCCUCAAACAUUCGGAAAGAGUAGGGGCACGGUUCGCGGAGCAAAACGCAGAGAUGAUGAACGCCGCAAACAAAUGACGGAUUCGCUGGCUGUUUCUACUCUAAGCACCGCACUAAUACCUCUUGCUGCAUGUUGUCCCAGUCGGCUUGCAUAUGAUAAUACCUCGCG